CUGCCAUGGCGCCGCUGCUCCGCUGCCCCGGAUUAAUGCGCGCGUGCCGCGGUUUUCCGCUUUGAUCGUCUGUUUGUUUCUUUGUUUGUUUAUAUUUUGUUUUAUUAUAUAAAUUAUAUAUUUCUAUUUAGUUUUAUAUAAAUUGUAUCCAGAUGCUGAGUGAAGAGGGAGGGCGCGCGCUCGCGCUCUCGGCACGCGGGGAGUCCCCGGGCGCGCGGCGGGACUCUGCGGUGAGGAUGAUGAAGGUGAUGAUGCUCACGGUGUCACUGAGGACGGAGUUACCGCACGUGCACGGGUUCGGCUACGGGCGCGCACCCCACUGACACCUCUGAGCGCGCGCGCGCGCGGGCACACGCACAUGGAGACUCCGGCGCGCUGCCUGUCCUCCUCUUCCUCCUCUUCUUCAUCUUCAUCAUCGUCCUCGAGCGCCGGCCCCCCUCCGGACCCCGCAGCCCCCCCGAUGUGGAACGGCACGGAGGAGGCGGCGGCGGACGUGGACGCGCGGCGCCCGGCACUGCGCGCGCUGACCGGCUGCGUGCUGAGCGCGCUGAUCCUGUGGACGCUGCUGGGGAAUGUGCUGGUGUGCGCGGCGGUCGUGCGCUUCCGGCACCUGCGCACCAAGGUGACCAACACCUUCAUCGUGUCUCUGGCGCUGUCCGACCUGCUGGUGGCGGUGCUCGUGAUGCCGUGGAAGGCGGCGGCGGAGGUGGCGGGAUACUGGCCAUUUGGCGCGUUCUGCAACAUCUGGGUAACAUUUGACAUCAUGUGCUCCACUGCGUCCAUCCUGAACCUGUGCGUGAUCAGCGUGGACCGGUACUGGGCCAUCGCCAGUCCGUUUCGGUACGAGCGCAAGAUGACGCAGCGUGUGGCGUUCGUGAUGAUAGGGGUCACAUGGACGUUGUCGGUGCUCAUCUCCUUUAUCCCGAUCCAGCUGAACUGGCACAAGGCGCGCGUGGAGAGCGUGCGUUCCUCUGGGGUGAUCAGUGAUGCCGCAUCUUCUCCCGCAUCCUGGACGGCUUCCGAGGUGCACGGCUACGACAACGACGACGGCGACGACUGUGACUCCAGCCUGAGCCGCGAGUACGCCAUCUCGUCCUCGCUCGUGAGCUUCUACAUCCCAGUGGCCAUCAUGCUGGUGACGUACACGCGCAUCUACCGAAUUGCGCAGACGCAGAUACGCCGCAUCGCAUCGCUGGAGCGUGCGGCCGAGCACGCCCAAAGCUGCCGGGAACUCCAAAGGCACCAGCUGCACCAGCAGCAGCAGAGCCACACCAACACGCUCAGGACGUCCAUCAGCCGCGAGACCAAGGUCCUGAAGACACUUUCGGUGAUCAUGGGCGUGUUCGUGUGCUGCUGGCUGCCCUUCUUCGUACUCAACUGCGUGGUGCCCUUCUGCGCCAGGAGGACGACCACCACAACCACGACAAAGGCGACCACCACCACGACGACCACCACGACGACAGGAGCGUGCGUCAGCGACACCACCUUCGAUGUGUUUGUGUGGUUUGGCUGGACCAACUCCAGCCUCAACCCGGUCAUCUACGCCUUUAACGCAGAGUUCCGCAAGGCCUUCGCCAGCCUGCUGGGCUGCCGGCGGCUGUGCACCAGCACGCCCGUGGAGACGGUGAACAUCAGCAAUGAGCUGGUCUCCUACAACCAGGACACGCUGCUGCACAAGGAGAUCGCCAGCGCGUACGUCAACAUCAUCCCUAAUGUGGUGGAGUGCGCCGAGCGAGAGGAUGCCUUCGACCGCCUCUCGCAGCUGGCGACGCGAGGGCACGUGGAUGACCUGGACGAGCUGGGAACGGACUCGGCGUGUGAACUGGACCGAAGUGCCGCGGACAUCAGCCUGGACGCUCUCGCCACCUUCGAGCCCAAUGGUGUGCACUGAAGGAGUGUUGGAGACACGUGGGGGAAAGGGGUGUUCACCAUUACCUAAGCACCUGCCAGGUGGAGUGUAGCACCAUUGGCUUGCACUGAAAUGUGAGGUUUGUGGGGGAGGUGCCUGUUCCACCACCUGUUCACACCUUACAGGUGGAGCUUCACACUCAGUGGCCUGUGCUGAAAGAGCUGGGGUUUGUGGGAGUUCUCCACCUAAAAGGUAUGAAGAGGUGGUGCUGGUGGAGCUCAUGAAAUAAAGGGUGCCUCACCUGUCCUUACCUGUCAGGUGUGCACAGGUGUUGCUUAAGGCAUGAAGUGAGGGGUGGGGCCAAGUGUAAAUGUGUCACAUGUUGGGGCAGAGCUUCACGCUGCCUGACGGAAGCUGCUGUUCUGUUCUGUGUUCUCUCUGCACCGGAUUUGCCGGCACGAGCCGGACGGCAUGCGGCCUAAAUGCAUCAGAGAUUUGAGGCUAAUCCCACGGAAAUGGGACAGGAGAGAUGCAACACACACACACACACACACACACACACACUAAUACAUGUAUAUAUACACAGUGCACACACACUCGUAUAACAGGGGUUCCUCAAGGGUUCUUUACUAAAGGACGUCUCAAAGUCAAACCAUAUAUGGAUGCAUAUAUUGUGAGUUGAUGCCUCCUACAUACAACCAUCAACUCAAGAACUAUCCAGAUGCUUUCCUGGUUUUAAUUGGUUCUUUGUCUGAUACAGAGUUCUUCAAACUGGUGGAAUCUCCUUUUAGAUCGUUGCCUAUAGCACCAAAAAGGGUUCCUCUAGGACAAGUUUAUAUAUAUAUAUAAAUUAUAGGGUUCUUUUUAGUAAAAGGACAAAUUUUGAGUAAAUAACAGUUUGGAUGUUCCACGCUUUGCAGGUUCUAAUCUGUUUCUGGUCUGUAAAGGAAAGGAUGAUAGGAUGACCUAUUAAGGUUCCCCAAUCAUAAUACAACUUUUUGCAGUUCUUUGAGCUUAAAGCGAGUUUGCAAAUUGCACUGUUUGCACUGUUCCACAUAGACAACUUAAACGAUCAUAUUUAUGCCUAAAUGGUUCUUUGUCUGGAUAAAGGGUUCCUCAAACUGGUAAAAAAAACUCUACUAGAUGAUUCCUUGUAGCACAAAAAUGGUUCUACAAUCAUCAAUCAUUUUCAGCCCUAUACAGAACCUUUGUUAAACAAUAAAAAAUAUUAAAACUGUAUGGCUGCCUAAAUUAUAUUUUGUCCAGGUAAAGGUUUAGAUGGUUCUCUGUAGCACUAAAAACAACCCUAAGCUCUAUAAAGAACACUUCUAGUCUGUAGUGGAGAUACAAGCAUUCAGACAUAUAUCGGUUCUUAUUGGGAAUUAAAUGUGCCAGUGCUUAAAUGUUUAUAUGUCUGGUUAAAGGGUUCUCAAGUACAGACAAUAGUUCCACAUAGAACCAAGACAAUCCAAGAACUGUUUAGAUGAUUUAGUAAACCUUAUAAAAAUUGUUCAAAGUUCCUAGAACCCUUUUGGUUCUAUAAAGAACCGUUUUUGCACAAAAAGUUAAGAUCUAUAAAGUAAUAUUUAUUUACAUGGUGCUUUUAAAAUAAGGUUCUUCAACUGCUCUUCAAUUAAAGCAAUGCAAAUGUAAAGAACCAUUUAUGUCUCAGACACCCGACUAAACAGCUCUUCUCCACAAUGCAGAACCUCUGUGUUCUCUUUGUUUCUUGAAGGAACCUUUAAAUUUGAUUCUAGAAAGCACCAAAAGGGUAAAACCCCCUUUUCCAGAAGUAUUUAGAAUAUUCUUAAGAGAAUAUGUAUUAUAUAUUUAUUAUCAAAAAACAUUCUCAGUAGUACUAGAAAUAAUUUUUGUUUAAAUAUGGAAACAUAUUUUAACCAUCUUAGAGAAGAAUCCCAUUUUAAUUGGAGAACCCUUAUUUUAAUUACUGUAAAUAUAGAGUGAACUGUUUUUGGUGCUGUUUAGAACCAUUUUAGAAACCUGCAGUAGAUUUUCCUCCAUCAUGAAGAAGAACCAAAUAAUUAAGCAUUCAGAUGUUUGUUUGAGUUUGUUAAGGUUGUUUGUAGAACCAGUACCAUUAUUAAGGAACCCUGGGAGAACCCCUUUUUUGGGUGUAAUUAAAAAUGUUAUAUGUUGUUUACAUUGUGUCAAAAUAUCCUGAUGAAUGGACCAAUAGAAACGCUCCAGAAGUUAUGGGUAUGAUAUAGGUGUGAUAUGAUUUUGCACAGUAGGCUCUGCCCUCUACACUCUUCACUCUUAUAAAGGUUCUUCAGGGGUUCUUCAGUAGAACUGUGAGUUCAGGGCGAUGGAGGUUCUUUAGUUUUUUGUUUACAUUGUUGUGGGUUCGAGUAAAGCUGCCACUGGUAUUUUUUAUAAUCUCUAUAAAGGUUCUCAAGGUUCCUGUUUAACUGCAGAACCGUGACCACCGCUAGAACCGGUGGAAUUCCUGUUUAAACUUUUUUAAAAUAAGAAAAUAAUGGUUCUCUCCAGCACUGAAACAGGUUCCAUGCUUGUGAAGGAACCUUUUUUCUUGCUGAGAGAAUGGAGUUAUAUAAAUAUAUUAAUAUAUAUAAACUCUUCAGGAAGAAAACCACAUCACUCUAAAGUGGGUGUGACAGUUGAAUAAGCUCCUCCUCCUUACACGCCCACUUUACACUGAUUGGCUGGAAAGUGAGUGAGGGUACAUAUUCAUUUCUCCAUACACAUAUUUUACAUAUAUUCAUACUAUUUCAUUUUCAUUUACAUGGAAAUGAUUAAAAGUGUAGAUAUUACAUUUAUGCUGACAAAAGAGAUGGAUUCACUUUUCUAAUUAAGCAAAUGUAUGUAGUACAGCACGGCACGACCGCACUCACAUAUAAUACAGAUAUUUAUCUAUUUAAACUGGUUCCAGUACCUAAUGCUGUUGGUCAUCUUCUCAUGUUGCCAUAACAACGCUGUCCACCAAUUUUCCCACCAAUCGGAGAGAUUAUUAGUGAAGUUGUAGUGUUUACACUUGCUCUGAAUUCAGUUUAAUCUGGGUUUGGGUUGUGGAUCGUGUAUAUGGAGUUAAUGGAGUCCAUCGCUUUUUUCAGUGCACAAACAGAGCCAAACACAGAAGUGCCCUCAGUCUAUCUAUCUAUCUAUCUAUCUAUCUAUCUAUCUAUCUAUCUAUCUAUCUAUCUAUCUAUCUAUCUAUCUAUCUAUCUAUCUAUCUAUCUAUCUAUCUGUGCUCUAGUACAGUGGUUCUCAAACCGUUUAGACCAUAGCACCAAUAAAUUAAAUUUUUACAGUAAUCCACACAUAUUCAUCUCCUCAUAUGUUUCACCAAUUGUUCUUCUCUCUUCUGUUGUGUGGAGUUUUCCCGCUCUUUUACAGUCUGUAAGUUAGUAUUAUGGUUUAUUAAUAAAGUAUUUUAUCCUACUGAGAAUCUCAGAAUCAGGAUUUAAACAGAGGAAAAUAAACAACAAGAGAGUCGAUCAGUGAACUACAGUGUAAAUCUUAUUUAUCUGUAAUUAACUGUAGUGAACUGAUGGUGAACUGUUGGUUGAUAGAGCAGAUCUUGUGGUGUUCCACAGGGUUUUACUGUAGGACCAAUCAAACUGAUGUUAAUAAUGAUAAAACUGUAGUUCUGACAGUGAAGGACUGAAGUGUAGAUUAUAAACAGCUUCUAAAGGCGAAAAAAAAACACAAACUAACAUAAUGAUAGAUAAAAAUGACAGAUACAGGAAACUUUAUACAUUUUAGUCUUUAAUAUUUUAAUGCAAAUGCAGAUUUUUGUUCUGGUGUCAUCUGGUUAGAGUACCACCAGUGAGAGAACCACUGCUCUAGUGCACAAACUGAAACACAUACCUGCCUGACUCUCCACCUCACCUGCACCCCUCACCUGUACCCCUCACCUGCACCCCUCACCUGUACCCCUCACCUGUACCCCUCACCUGCACCCCUCACCUGUACCCCUCACCUGCACCCCUCACCUGUACCCUUCACCUGUACCCCUCACCUGCACCCCUCACCUGCACCCCUCACCUGUACCCCUCUCUCUCUCAGAGAGGCUGUACUGUGACUCCGCCCCCUGACUCUGUACAUUGACUGCUGAUUGGACGUCCCCUGUACUGUCUGUUCCCGUGUGAGUGGAGGUAGUUCUGUACUGUAACCCCGUUGGGCGUGGUCGUCCCGUCCCGCCGCGGUCCGUCUCUCAUCUCUCAUCUUAUUGGAUGUUAUUUUUAUGGUGAUAGUGGUGAUCAUUAAUGCACCGGGUCAGUGAUGCAGUAUCUUCAGAGAUUAACCGAGCGAUCGCGGUAAUUACAGCAGCAGAGACAACCGGGUCGGACAAAGAGCCGCACUAAUGGCUUUUCAAAUGAAUUCACAAUGUGGGACAGUCUGUCUCUCUGUCUGUCUCUCUUUCUGUCUGUCUCUCUCUCUCUGUCUGACCCCUUUUCAUGCCUGGCAUUAUCAGCUUGGUUCCUGGGUGAUCUGAUCAUAAAUGUAAAGUGUGAACAGGUGUGAACUCAAUACAGUGUGUCUGAAGGAGCAUCAUAAUCCCAUCAGCAUCUCAAUACGCCCCCCGUCAGCAAAGCCCCGCCCACAUUAACCAUAUGUGACACCACACCAUCCACUGUCCAAGCAGGUUAGCUUAGCUGCAUGCUACACAACUACAUUCAUAACAACUCGUGGCUGGAGGAUCAAAAUUGGUUCCUUCUUGUAUAAAAGGUUUUAUAAAGAAAUAUAAAUAUUUUAUUUAUUAUAAUAAGGAAACUAUAGAGAUCAGAAAUAAUUAAAUAAGCUACAGAAAAAGGUUUUAUUAUAUAUUUUAUUAGAAAUAGCUGUUUGACAGCACUGAAAAUAAUCCAUAUCUGUACUGUAAACAUUUCACUCCAAAUGGUUCUAUUUAGUAUUGAAAAAUAUUCUAUAUAGUUCUAAAGUUCUGUAUAGUACUUAAAGAAUGGUUGUAUAUAACACUAAAUGCUUUCAUACUGAAAAUUGUUCUGUUUUAUAAAGUGGGUUCCUAAAAGGCUCCAUAUGAUGAUACAAUAUUGGGCUGAAAACAUCUAUAUAUCAUCUAUAUAUAAUAAUGAAAAGGUUUAUACAUCCACAACAGCAAAGCCCCGCCCACAUUAACCACGUUACCGCCCCUGCUGGAACAUAUGCAAUAACCACAUGCGAUACCACACCGUCCACCGUCCAGGUUGGUUAGCUGAACUAAACGCCACAAUAAGGUUAAACCCGUUGCUGCAGCAUAAAGUGAACAAACUGCUCAUCUGAAUUUGUGCUGAGGACUUUUGUUUGAACUGCUGUCGGUUUAAUCUGUUAUUUAUUCGUUUAUUUAUUAGAUAUUAUUAAUCAGAUCAUCCAGGAAAAGCAGGUAAACCAGGUGUGAACAGAGUCUCUCUCUUUUAUCUAUCAGACACAUUGUGUCCAGUGCAGACUGGGAAAGGGAUGCUGGGUAAAUCACUCGCCUGUGUACGAGAAUGUGAACGAGAUUCUGUAGAGUCUGUUUUACUUUACGCCCUGUGGGUUUUUUUAUCUGUACGUGCGACACAACAUGAAUGUAUGCUGUCCUUCAGUGACGUGGAUCAGAGUGAUGUAUGUUUUUAUAAUAAAACUGUGUUUACAGUCCAAAA